AUGACUAUUUGUUGCUGCAUUGUCCCAGAGUAUUUACUCAAAACUAUUGUUGAAAAAGGGAAGACACCACAACAUGUUAUCCAUGCUUGCCAGUCUACCCUCGAAAAUUCAAAGCACCUUCAAAGCUCCCGUGUCGAAGCCAUUGUAUCAGCACAGCGGCAGUCGCCCUCUGAAGCAGAAGAACGGGAGGCAGCUUUAUCCACACUUGCAUAUGAUGCUAAGCAUCGUACAGUCGCAAGACCUACUCACCAAUUGAAUCGUACGGUCUAUGAUUCGCAAAAUUCCCGGGAUGAUCCCCCUCCCCGUGACAAGAUCGCGAUUAAGGAAGGUGGAGCCCUGAUUAGUGAAGCAGAAGAUCCAACCAAGAAUGCAAAUGAGUGCUAUAUUGGACUAAAGAAGACUUAUGAUUUCUUCUUUAAGUUCUUCCAGCGUAAUUCUAUCAACAGCAGAGGUAUGCCACUCGACAGCUUUGUGCAUUUCGGGGUGCAUUUUAACAAUGCAUUCUGGAAUGGCAGCUCGCCAAUAAGCCUUGUGUUCGGUGAUGGGGACGGUAUACUCUUCAAUGGCUUCACUGACGAGCUUGAUGUCAUGGCUCAUGAGUAUACACACGGUGUGGUGCAAUACACGAGUCCGCUUAACUAUACUUUCCAAAGCGGUUCUCUUAAUGAGUCACUUGCAGAUGUCUUUGCCACAAUGUCCAACUGGCUGAUUGGGGAAGGAAUCUGGACAGCAGGUGUUAACGGCAGCGCUCUUCGCGAUAUGAAGAACCCUGGAACAGCAUAUGAUGAUGACCGUAUUGGAAAAGACAAUCAGCUAGCUCAUUGGAAAGACUUUAAGAAGCUUGACAUCUCUCUGGAUAAUGGCGGUGGUAUGCUUGGGAAAAGUAUUGGUUCUAUUUGGUACAAGGCUCUUACGGGUGGUAAACUCGGCAGAGACGCCACAUUCAAGGAGUUUGCUGAUCUCAUCAUCAAGAAUGCUGGUAAGCAUGGGGAUGAGAUCAAGGAAGCUUGGGAAUUGGUUGGCUAUCCAUUUCCCGAUAGCAAGUCAGAGCUAUAA